GAGAGAGAAAAAGAGAGAGAGAGCGAGAGAGAGAGAGAGAGAGAGAGAGAGAGAGAGCGCGAGAGAGAGAGAGAGAGCGAGAGAGAGAGAGACAGAGAAUUAGGUAGUCGUGGGACAGAGUGCGGAGGGACGGUCGGCUCGCGGAAUUCAGCCUUUGCAGCUGGAAGAAGAAAGGAGAGGCAAAUGGAGAGCCGCUGCGGAAUGACGGAAAACACUGGACGAUGAGGCUGUGAAAGGGCUAAUGGACAAUUAUAAUUAUGUACAGGCAAUGAAUACACCAGCGUGGUAGUAGAUUAUAUGAUUUUUAUCAGACUUGAAUUUGCACCGCGUUGGCUUAACCCGUUGUAGCCAGGUGAGAAUUAACAGCUGGGCUCCUACCUCCUCCUCUCUUCGGCAAUAACGGAUUAAACGGAGACAGGAGAUGAGCUGCGUCCGUGACGCCGCCUGGACGCAAUCCGGGGACCGACCGGGAGACGUCGUCGCACCGCCGCCCCACUUUUAGAUGGCGCCCACAUUUGGGGUGCACUCGGAAUACAGGUGUCAGGGAAGUGUCGUCACGAACCCCGGAAGGCGUGAGCCGCUUCAGCGGAGAGCAAGAUGGCAGCGAAAUCCGAUGGUCGGGGGGUCAUCCGGGGAUUCGCCCAGCUGCACAACCUGGACGAGGUGGUGGGGACCGGCGAGGGCGACCCGAGGGAAGGCAGCUCCUUCCACAUCUGCCACUGCUGCAACACCUCGUCCUGUUACUGGGGCUGCCGGAGCGCCUGUCUGCAUUACCUCCGAGGCAAGGGGAAGGGGAGAGGCGGAGGAGGAGGAGGGGACACAGUGCUGGGGCGGCCGCCACAGGAAGAGCGCCUCUGGCUGGACUGUCUGUGGAUCAUCCUGGCCCUGUUCGUGUUCUUCUGGGACGUGGGGACGGACCUGGCGCUGGCCAUCGACUACUACCACAAGCAUGACUACCUCUGGUCCGGACUCACCCUCUUCUUGGUGCUGGUGCCCUCGGUGCUGGUCCAGAUCCUGAGCUUCAGGUGGUUCGUGCAGGAUUACACCGGGGGUGGUCUGGGCUCUGUGGAAGGGCUGAGCAACCGGAGAGCUACGGCAGGGCUGAGUGCACAGGGAAGGGACAGGUGCUGCCUGCUCUCUGUGUGGCUGUGGCAGACCCUCAUACACAUCUUCCAGAUGGGACAAGUAUGGAGGUACAUCCGUACCAUGUACCUGGGCAUCCAGAGUCAUCGUCGGAAGGAGAACCAGAGGAGGUUCUACUGGGCCAUGAUGUAUGAGUACGCUGACGUCAACAUGCUGCGUCUGCUGGAGACCUUCCUGGAGUCAGCUCCUCAGCUGGUCCUGCAGCUCUGUAUCAUGAUCCAGAGAAACCGGGCCGAGACCCUGCAAUGUAUGUCUGUGCUUGCCUCUCUGCUGUCUCUGUCCUGGGUGCUGGCCUCCUAUCACAAGCUCCUGCGUGACUCCCGUGACGACAAGAAGAGUCUGAGCUACCGUGGGGCCCUGGUACACCUGUUCUGGCGUCUCUUCACCAUCUCUUCCCGGGUCCUCUCCUUCGCCCUGUUCGCCUCCGUGUUCCAUCUCUACUUCGGCAUCUUCGUGGUGCUGCACUGGUGCGCCAUGGCCUUCUGGGUAAUCCACGGUGGCACCGACUUCUGCAUGUCCAAGUGGGAGGAAGUCCUGUUUAACAUGGUUGUGGGCGUGGUCUAUGUGUUCUGCUGGUUCAACGUGAGAGAGGGUCGGACGCGCUACCGUAUGGUCACCUACUACACCGUGGUGCUACUGGAGAACGCCGUGCUCACCGCGCUCUGGUACGCCUACCGCGACCCCGCCACCACCGACGCCUACGCCGGCUCCGCCCUCUGCAGCGUCUUCCUGUGCUACGCCUCGGGCGUGGCCUGCAUGGUGCUGUAUUACGGGGUGCUGCACCCCAUGGGCCCAGGGCUCCGGGUCCUGGCCUCGUCCUGCUGCGCUGAACUGCUGUGGGGGCUCCCCCUGCCCCCUGAGGCCGAACCCAUGGCCCCCACCCCGGGUCCCAGAGGCUCCCAGGCCACCCCGACACGGGCCAUGGCAGGGGACUAUGAAGGAGACUAUGAAGCGGCCACGGACACCUGUCUGCCUGUGUUCCAGGUGAGGUCCACGGAGCCGGUGGACGAGGCCGGGAGACCCAUCCGACCAGAGGGGCCCCUCAUAAAGAUAGACAUGCCCAGAAAGCGCUACCCGGCCUGGGACGCACACUUUGUGGACCGGCGACUGCGCAGGACCAUAAACGUACUGCAGUACAUCAGCCCCAACGCGGUGGGCAUCAGGUAUAGGGAUGGACCUCUUCUCUAUGAGUUACUGCAGUACGAGUCCUCUCUCUGAAGGAAAACUCUCCUUCCUUCCUUCCUACUCUCUCUCUCUGUCUCUCUCUCUGUCUCUCUCUCUCUGUCUCUCUCUCUGUCUCUCUCUCUCUGUCUCUCUGUCUCUCUCUCUCUCUCUCUCUCUCUCUCUCUCUCUCUGUGUCUCUCUCUCUCUCUCUGUCUCUCUCUCUGUCUCUCUCUCUCUCUGUCUCUCUCUCUAGUUCUGUUCUUUCUUUCAUUGGAUCUUCUCCCCACGUCUUCAUUUGGUGCUCUUACUCUUUACCUUCCCUCAGUCCCAGUCCCCUGUGUGUGUGUGUGUGUGUGUGUGUGUGUGUGUGUGUGUGUGUGUGUGUGUGUGUGUGUGUGUGUGUGUGUGUGUGUGUGUGUGUGUGUGUGUGUGUGUGUGUGUGUGUGUGUGUGUGUGUGUGUGUGUGUGUGUGUGUGUGUGUGUGUGCGUGUGUGCGCGUGUGUGUUGUGAACUCUACCAAGAAACUGUCAAGACUACUAUACAAUACAAUACAAUACAAUACAAUACAAUACAAUACAAUCAUACUUUAUUUUGGAAAAACAAAACAUGCAGAGAAAAAGAUCUAUCUGAUUUCUUAAGUCCUUGGUUAUCAACCACGUUAUCUGUCUGUGUGUCUGUCUGAGCGUGUAUGACUCUAUAACCACCAAGUGUUUUCAUAUAC